GAGGCGCUCCCGGGGCUGGGCGAGACGACGUCAGGGGGCGCUGCAGGCCUGGCCUGGAAGUCUCGCGAGAGCCCGAGCGCGCGGCGGGUGACGUAAAGCUGCCGCGGCGCGCGCAGAGCCCUGUGGUUGCCCGGGAGCAGUGAGUAGUUCCCCGCGCCUCCCCGUACGGAAUAAUGUUACCAACAUGUCUCUGCAUUCGCUGCUUUGUGACAGAAUCUCUGUUGCUAAGGAAUUAAUAAAAAGAGCAGAAGCCCUUUCCAGGUCAUACAAAGGAGGUAUAGAAGGUGGAGCAAAGCUCUGCAGCAAACUGAAGGCCGAAUUAAAAUUCUUGCUCAAGGUAGAAGCAGGAAAGGUGGCCAUUAAGGAAUCCCAUCUACAGAGCACAAAUCUCACGCACCUCCAAGCCAUUAUUGAGUCGGCAGAGAACCUGGAAGAUGUCGUCAGUAUUCUCCACGUCUUUGCCUAUGAAGACAAGUUUGGUGAAAAGCAGAUGCUGGUGGUAGAUGUUGUUGCAAAUGGCGGUCACACCUGGGUGAAAGCAAUUGGUCGAAAAGCUGAAGCUCUGCACAACAUUUGGCUGGGCAGGGGCCAAUAUGGCGACAAAAGCAUUAUUGAACAGGCAGAGGAUUUCCUGCAAGCCAGCCGCCAGCAACCAGUUCAGUACAGCAACCCGCAUAUUAUCUUUGCUUUUUACAACAGUGUGUCCAGUCCUAUGGCAGAGAGGCUCAAAGAAAUGGGUAUAUCUGUGCGGGGAGACAUAGUUGCUGUUAAUUCUUUGGUAGAAACCUCAAAUGAAAACAGACACUUAAGUGCCAGUGAAUCUGAUGAAGAAAGCCCUGAGCUGCUGCAGGUGACCAGUGUAGAUCGAGAGAACUUAGUAGCCAGCAUUGCUUUUCCUACAGCGAUCAAAGUAGAUGUGUGCAAUAGGGUUAAUUUGGACAUCACCACUUUAAUUACCUAUGUAUCUGCGCUUAGCUAUGGUGGCUGCUAUUUCAUCUUUAGAGAGAAGGUGUUAACAGAGCAGGCAGCACAGGAAAGGAAAGAGGGAGUCCUGCCUCAGCUGGAGGAUUUCAUGAAAGGAAAGGAGCUGUUUGCUUGUGAAUCUGCAGUCAAAGAUUUUCAAUCCAUCUUGGAAACUUUAGGUGGACCAGGGGAGAAAGAACGAGCCAUGUUGCUAAUUAGGAGAGUUAACGUGGUGCCAGACCAGCCAUCUGAUCGUGCCUUAAGACUAGUGGCUAGUUCUAAAAUCAAUAGCCGCUCACUAACCAUCUUUGGGACAGGAGACACUUUAAAAGCCAUCACAGUGACCGCGAACAGCGGUUUUGUUAGGGCAGCAGCUAAUCAAGGAGUCAAGUUUAGUGUAUUUAUCCAUCAGCCAAGAGCACUGACAGAAAGCAAGGAGUCUGUUGCCACACCUUUACCAAAGAAUUGUACAGCAGGUUGUGGGCUUUGACGAAGCCACCUAAUUAAUUAUGGUCUUUAAGAUAAAUGAUUUAUGCUGGUGGGUGUAUUUUCUGUUACAAUAGCUGAUUAAACCUGCUGCAGGAAGAAGCUAUGAAGUAGAACUGUUAAAACAAUACACUUUUUUUUCAUGUGCAUCAGUCAGAAUAUUAACUGUAAUUGCUUGAGAAAUACAGUUCCUUAAAGGACUUGUAUCCUCUAUAAAUGUAAUUUUUGUUUUCAAUUCAAUAGGUCUAAUUUAUUCACUAGGAUAAUGGCAUUUCAAUGAAGAAUGUUAACUGUGUUCUACCUUAUUAAAAUAUUCAGUUUAAAGCA